GGGGCUGCGUAGUGGCGUAUUGAACCGUACGUCGCCGCGCGCAUGCGCUCUUUUCCACGUGCGUAAGCCCGGGACGCGUGGAGCGGAGGAAGCCUCCGAUUUCCUGAGCCGUGCAGCUCCGCGCUUGCUAUGAAGCCAGGUUUCAGCCCCCGUGGGGGCGGCUUCGGUGGCAGAGGUGGCUUUGGUGACCGUGGCGGUCGUGGUGGAGGCCGUGGAGGCUUUGGCGGAGGCCGAGGAGGCUUUGGCGGGGGCCGAGGUCGAGGCGGAGGCUUCAGGGGCCGUGGACGAGGAGGAGGAGGAGGAAGAGGCGGCGGGUUCCAGUCUGGUGGCAACCGAGGUCGUGGUCGGGGAGGAAAAAAGGGAAACCAGUCCGGGAAGAAUGUGAUGGUGGAGCCUCAUCGCCACGAGGGUGUCUUCAUUUGUCGAGGAAAGGAAGAUGCACUGGUUACCAAGAAUCUGGUCCCUGGAGAAUCAGUUUAUGGAGAGAAGAGAGUCUCGAUUUCGGAGGGAGAUGACAAAAUUGAGUACCGCGCCUGGAACCCCUUCCGUUCCAAGCUGGCGGCAGCAAUCCUGGGCGGCGUGGACCAGAUCCACAUCAAGCCUGGGGCCAAGGUGCUCUACCUAGGCGCUGCCUCGGGCACCACCGUCUCCCACGUCUCUGACAUCGUAGGCCCGGAUGGUCUGGUCUAUGCAGUUGAGUUCUCCCACCGUUCUGGCCGUGACCUCAUUAACUUGGCCAAGAAGAGGACCAACAUUAUUCCUGUCAUUGAAGAUGCCCGGCACCCACACAAAUACCGCAUGCUCAUCGCGAUGGUAGACGUGAUCUUUGCCGAUGUGGCCCAGCCAGACCAGACCCGGAUUGUAGCCUUGAAUGCCCACACCUUCCUACGUAAUGGAGGGCACUUUGUGAUUUCCAUUAAGGCCAACUGCAUAGACUCCACAGCAUCUGCCGAGGCCGUGUUUGCCUCUGAAGUGAAAAAGAUGCAACAGGAGAACAUGAAGCCUCAAGAGCAGUUGACCCUAGAGCCAUACGAGAGAGACCACGCUGUGGUUGUGGGUGUGUACAGGCCACCCCCCAAGGUGAAGAACUGAAGCCCAGUACCAUCUGGAUCCCGAGAGAUUGUGUUGCUACUGUUACACGUGUGUUUUUCUAUUAAAAGACUCAUCAGUC